GGAAGGACCACCGGCGCGCAUACCGCUCAGCAACCCGUGUGCUCUGGCGUUCGUGAGAGUCUCUCCUUUGGACCCUUGGUACACUCGUUACCUUCUUCUGUGACGCUUGUCUCUUCCGGCUUCAACGCGCCGUGCCUCUCCUAUUAAUCCAUAUUGCGCUAACCUCACCAUGGUGGAUAGUAAGGUCCCUCAGCCGGGACCGGCCAAGUUGAAGCGCAAUGCAGGCCCUGAUGAAUGGCUGGAGGCGGCCAAGGACUGCAAAUAUCUCUCCGAGUCACAUAUGAAACAGCUUUGUGAGAUAGUGAAGGAGUUUAUGAUGGAAGAAUCAAACAUUCAGCGGGUUUCAACCCCCGUGACCGUCUGUGGAGAUAUUCACGGUCAAUUUUACGACUUGCUGGAGCUGUUCCGGGUCUCCGGAGGAAUGCCUGAUGAAUCGGAGGUCGAGCCGCCCAAGACAUCACCAUCUGUGAUAACUUCCGAAGAUAUCGAACCCCCGUCCACCAUUACCGACCCUAAGCUACGGAAGAAAUUGAGGAAUUCCGGACACUCGGAUGAAUUUGCAGAUGAGAACAGCAGUCAGCGAGGCCGAUCUUCCAGCUCAGGCUCGAAGGAGGUGACAUUGAACCGGAACUUUGUCUUCCUCGGUGACUACGUCGACAGAGGAUACUUUAGUUUGGAGACUCUGACAUUGCUCUUGUGUCUCAAGGCGAAAUAUCCCGAUCGAGUUACACUGGUACGUGGAAACCACGAGUCUCGCCAAAUCACGCAGGUCUACGGCUUCUACGAGGAGUGCUUCCAGAAAUACGGCAAUGCCUCUGUAUGGAAGGCUUGCUGCCAAGUUUUUGAUUUCAUGACGUUGGGCGCCAUCAUCGAUGGCAGGGUACUGUGUGUGCAUGGUGGAUUGAGCCCUGAAAUCAGGACACUGGAUCAAGUUCGCGUGGUUGCCAGAGCCCAGGAGAUUCCGCAUGAAGGUGCAUUCUGUGAUCUGGUCUGGUCCGAUCCCGAUGAGGUGGAGACAUGGGCAGUGAGUCCCAGAGGAGCUGGCUGGUUGUUUGGAGACAAAGUUGCAGACGAGUUCUGCCACGUCAAUGACCUGACCCUUAUCGCGCGAGCCCACCAAUUGGUCAACGAGGGUUACAAAUAUCACUUCACCAAUCAAAACGUUGUCACGGUGUGGAGUGCCCCCAACUACUGCUACCGAUGCGGCAACCUUGCCUCCGUCUGCGAGAUUGGAGAUGACCUCAAACCUACGUUCAAGCUCUUCAGUGCUGUCAGCGACGAUCAACGACACGUUCCGACAUCACGGCCGGGCCGCAGUGAGUACUUCUUGUAACAUAUCGCAUGGCUACACUUUUAUUUUCUCGUCCACUUGCGUUGGGCAAGACAUGAGGCGUUACUGCACCGGCGCUGGCGUUGGGAAUGGAUACAGAGGCGCCCACCGUGAGUGAGGACAGGUUAUGAGCAUCAUAUAUUACGAUUUGGGACCCAGUUAAUGAAGUUUAUCCUUAUGCAUACUGGACACUUGGCCCGGGAGUGUUAGUUUACUGUUACAUUAUCAUGAAUCAGAUGAUCGUUAUGAUACAUAAAAG